AUGCCUUCUCUUCUCCUCAUUCUGAUCCUCUUGCUGCUUAUUUGCACCUUUAAAUUUACACUCUCAAUGAUAUGGGUUCCUCUGAGAAUCCAAAUCCAUUUCAAGAAGCAAGGUAUAAGUGGCCCAAAAUACAGUCUCAUCUUCGGCAACUCGGCGGGGAUCCGCCGUUUAUUUGCUGCUGCAGCUGAGUCAAAGUCAACGUCUAUCAACCACGAUGUCCUUCACCGUGUGGCUCCAUUGUACUACGAGUGGUCACGCAAGUAUGGGAAGACUUUCCUCUACUGGUUUGGAUCCAAGCCCAGAUUGGCUAUGUCCGAUCCAGACAUGAUUAAGGAGAUUCUAAUGAAUACGGAUGGGUCAUUUGAGAAGAUUCCGUUUAACCCGCAAUCGAAAGGUCUAUUUGGAGAAGGGCUUGUUGGGCUUGAUGGUGAGAAAUGGGCGCGUCAUAGGAGGAUCACAAACCAAGCUUUUAACAUGGAGCGAGUUAAGAGUCAGGUGCCAGAAAUUGUGGCAAGCAUCACCAACAUGCUAGAGAAAUGGCAGAGAAUAAGAGGAGGGAGAGAGGAGUUUGAGAUGGAUGUGCAUAAAGAACUUCAUGACCUCUCAGCAGACGUUAUAUCAAGAACUGCUUUUGGAAGCAGUUAUGAAGAAGGGAAGCGCAUAUUUACAUUACAGGAACAACAGAUGCACUUAGUAUCACAAGCUCUGAGAAGUGUCUACAUUCCAGGAUUCAGGUUCUUGCCUACAAAGAAGAACAGAGAGAGGAGGAGAUUAGAGAAGGAAACUCGUGAAGUAAUAAGAAUGCUGAUCAAGAAUAACAGCAGAUCAAGAGAAAAUUCAAGGAAUCUACUUAGUUCACUCAUGUCUUCAUAUAAAAAUCAGGACGGGAAGGAAGAGAAAUUGGGGCUAGAUGAGAUUAUAGAUGAGUGCAAGACCUUCUAUUUUGCUGGAAAGGAAACUACUGCCAAUCUUUUGACUUGGGCGCUUCUCCUUUUAGCAUUAAAUCAAGAUUGGCAAAACAAAGCAAGGGAAGAAGUGUUUUCUGUAUUUGGAGGGAAUGAUCUUCUAGUUGCAGAGAAUUUAAAUGAUCUCAAGAUCGUCAACUUGAUACUCAAUGAAACACUUCGGCUUUACCCUCCAGCUGUUAUGAUGAUGAGGCAAACAACUAAAAAGGUUAAGCUGGGGACCCUGGACAUUCCUGCUGGUACUCAAUUCUAUUUAUCCUUGACUGCUGUCCAUCAUGAUACUGAUAUAUGGGGAGAAGAUGCCAAUGAAUUCAAUCCUUUGAGAUUUAAUGAGCCUCGAAAGCACUUGGCUUCAUUUUUCCCAUUUGGGUUAGGCCCCAGAAUUUGUGUUGGUCAAAAUUUAGCCAUUGUUGAGACAAAAAUUGUCCUUGCAAUGCUCCUCAAACAUUACUCUUUCAUAGUAUCCCCAACCUAUGUUCACGCUCCAAUGCUCUUUAUAAGCUUGCAGCCUCAAUAUGGUGCACAGAUCCUUCUCCGCAGGAUUGCCAAUUGA